ACAGGCUGCAAGACUUUAAAUAGCUGAGAGACGGCUCCGUUUCGCAGAGCGCCAUUGAUCUGCGAAAGCACCCGAUAUAUUUUAUUGAGCGAGUGCACUUUGGGUCUCUUUCACAUCUCUGUCGUCAUCCCGGUGAAAUCCUGCACGUCAGCUUAUUCUCUGUGUUUGAACUCGGAUGUUCCACUUCGCUGCUUCUUUUUCAACUUCUCCUCUGACUUUUUGAAGGUUGCUGCAGUCCUUCCUCCUGCACUUUGAAGGAGGCCGCCUGUGCAUCCGACCACGUGUGUGAGUGACAGGUUGAAUAUGUUCGGAUGAGUGCCUUUGCAUGCUUAUAAACCCUGGUCGGAGAGUGUUUGUCCCUCGAGACGCUCAGCAGAGAUGCCGGGAGCUCGAUCCCCUGCACUGUGGCUCCUGCUACUGAGCUGCUGUGUGUGUGCGACGGACGGCUACCCGUUCAAAACACCCCUGGACCUGGAUGUGACUCCACGCAUCACAAUUCUAAACAGCGGUCUCCAAGGCUGCAGGCGCUUCCACUCCUCUUCUACGGUUAACUACAGCACCAUGCUGCUGGAGGCUGACAGUGAGCGUCUCUACGUUGGCGCCCGGGGGGCUGUAUUCAGUCUCAACGCCUCUGACAUCUCAGCCAGCUCUGCUCUCGCCAUCGAGUGGGAGGCCUCCCCCGAGCAAAAACGCCAGUGUCUUCUCAAGGGAAAAGACAACAAGACCGAGUGUUACAAUCACAUCCGCUUCCUCCAGAGGUUCAACUCGACUCACCUCUACAUGUGUGGGACUCACGCCUUCAGACCACUCUGUGCAUAUAUAGAUGAGAAGAGGUUUGUGAUGUCAUCUCAGCCUGAGGACGGAAGAGACAAAUGUCCGUAUGACCCGACAACAGGCUACACCGCCCUCAUCAUAGACCAGCAGAUGUACACAGCAUCCCAGUACGAGUUCAGGAGCUCUCCAGAUAUUCGCCGCAACUCUCCGCCUCCCACGCUGAAGACGGAGGAAGCCCCCACACGCUGGCUGAACGAGGCAGACUUCAUCGGCUCUGCGCUUGUGAAGGAGAGUUUGAUCAGCAGCAGCGGCGAUGAUGACAAGAUCUACUUCUUCUUCACCGAGAGGAGCCAGGAGCAGACGACCAGCUACAGCCACAGCAGGGUGGCACGAGUGGCUCGGGUUUGCAAGGGGGACCGAGGAGGACGUCUAACUCUCCAGAAGCGCUGGACAUCCUUCCUCAAGGCCAGGCUCGUGUGCUCUCUGCCCGAGUACGACUUCCACUUCAACACGCUGCGCAGCGUGUUUGUCAUGCCUGGGCAAAUGCCGCAGGACACGGUCUUCUACGGCAUCUUUGGCCUGGAGUGGAAAAACGUGAAGGCGUCUGCGGUGUGUCGGUUCUCUCUGUCUGAAGUCCAAGAGGCCUUCCAAGGACCCUACAUGGAGAACCAGGACUCUGGCUCCAAGUGGAGGGAGUACACUGGAAAGAUCCCUGACCCACGACCUGGAACGUGUAUAACCGACGCCCUGAGGGCCAGGGGCAUUAACGUCUCCACCUCGUUGACCGACGACGUGCUGGACUUUGUCAGGAGGCAUCCUCUGAUGUCGCAGCAGGUCCAGCCUUCAGACAGACGUCCCCUUUUGUUCAGGAGGACCACACACUACACGCACAUGGCUGUGCACCAGAUCCAAGGCUCGGAUGGACAAACAAACCAUGUGUUAUACAUGGGCACAGAUGAAGGAUGGUUACACAAAGCUGUAGAAAUCGAGGGUCAACUCCACAUUAUCGAGGAGCUUCAGCUGUUUGAGGAGCCACAGCCUGUUACUGCUCUACUGAUAUCUGCAGAACAGAUGAGUGUGUACGUGGGCUCUCCGUCGGGCGUGGUGCAGCUCCCGCUCUCUAACUGCCACAGAUACACAUCCUGCUACGAGUGCAUCUUUGCCAGGGAUCCUCACUGUGCCUGGAACGGAGCCCAGUGUGUGGACGUAAUGGCACAAGCAGACAUAUCCACUUUAAUCCAGGACAUUCAGCGUGGCAGCAGGGGAUGUGAGAACACACAAGACGAUGUUGUGGAGCGGAGCCGCUCUGUGCGUGUGGGCGACGACGUGCUGCUGCAGUGUGAGCUCAGCUCCAACCUGGCCACGCCGCUCUGGACUCUGGACGGCGGCGAGCUGCAGGGUUACGGCCUCAACUCGGGUUUCAGAACCGGCACAGACGGCCUGCUGAUCAUCGAGGCGCGGCAGGACCAGAGCGGGCUGUACACCUGCUUCGCUGUCGAGAACAAUAUCAGGGUCGCUGUAGUUGCCUACAACGUCACCAUCCAAGUUAACCUGCCCCCGCCGCCCCCCCUCGAGCCAACUGAAGAUCCUUACAGCCUCUUUGCGACCAUGCCACCGCCCACUGAUUCUCCAACCUCCGAGAGGCCCUUGCCACCACCCCCAGCCCCUCUCCUCCCCCACUCAAAGCUGUUCUCCCCCAGGAACAUGGAGGCCAUGUACCUGUCCCUCAUCACCAUCCUCGGCGCCCUGUGCGUGGUCCUCACCGUGGUCCUCGUCUACGUGGGCUUCUGCCUGCGAGUGGGCAACAGAGGGAAGUACUCAUUACGUGCCGCCGCUGCUGCUGCCUACCCGAACAAUAAGAGGCACAACAGGAACAGGAAACAGAUGAGAAGCUCCUCCCUCAUGGAGCUGAAGACCAUCUCAAGCCACUGCAACGGCAAUGGCGUCUGUAAUGGCGUUUCAAAGAAACAUAACGCCAGCGUCCAGGACGGAGGCUUCCUCCAGAUUGUCCCUGGAGAGGCUCAGUCGUCACCAAACAAGGAGCCUCCUCCCCCCGCCCCCCCUCUCCCUCCCACGCCGCAGCUUCCCUCUCCAGAGUGCGACUUCCCCAACGUCCUGUCGGCCACGCUGCCCAGCGUGCUGAGGAGAAUGAACGGGAACAGCUACGUGCUGCUGAGGCAAAGCGACUCUGAGAACACGUCGCCGCACGGCUACUCGUUUGCUGAUGAGCUCAAUAAGAUCUUGGAGAAGAGGAAACGCACUCAGCUGAUGCCCAGGCCGGACGAGAGCUCUGUGUAGUGUGGUAUCUCCCCCUGUGGUGGGAGGACUGCUGCAUUUUUAUACCUGUGGCUGAAGUGCCUGACUCAUUAUUGUCGUGGACUAAAGCAAUAAGAGUGUUAUCCACUUUUUUUUUUCUUUUUCUUACAAGUCCACAUUCAGACUUUUUAAACCUCUGGGCUGUUUUCAAACUUAAUUCCAAAAUUCUCCAACCCGGGUUCCAGAUGAAGGACGGAGCAUGAACGUGUGAUCUACCUCACCUCAAUACUGCCCACAAGGACACGUGUGGUCAGCCUGUGGUCUGACCCUGGUUACAGAGCUGACGGCUCAGUGGGAAUAGAAAUACAUGUGAUGGCUCGAUUCAAACUGGAGGGCAGCUAGCCAACAUUUGUUUGCACUGACAAGUGCACAGAUGGCCUAUGCAUUUUUAAAACAGGACAUUCAAACGUUUUAAAUAAUGAAGGAGUAGACAUGGAGAAAGAGGGAAUUUAGUUCUCACUUUUAAACUGACUUUAAAAUAAUAUAAAGUCACACUUAACACUGAAAACAAGACAUCACUGAUUAAUGGUGAACUAAUCAAUAUUUAAUAUUACUGCUAACCAAGGUUUUGAGUAAUUAACCAAAUAAAUAUUUAUUAAUAUAUUACAUGGUUUUAUUAUUAAUUAUUAAUUAUAUUGAAGAUUCAAAUAAUCACUGGUUUGUGGUAUUGAAACAUAUAAUAUAAUUUGAUAGAACUUUUAGUCAUUAUCCUAAAUGUUUAGACUCCUAAUUCAAGUCAUAAUUGAGUUUCACUCAAUCCAUCAUAAAUGGUUUAAAUUAUUGUCUGUUAAAACCUUGUACUGGUCUUUAUUAUAGUAGAGCUCAUUAUGACCAUUACACAUACAUUUAAAUAAACAUUUUAAGGUCAUUAUUAUAUAUAAAUACAAUUUACCGAACAUUCUUAAAUUUAGAUUAUCAUGGAAAUAUUAAAUUGUGAUUAUUUCACCAAGUGUUAGUCAAAAACCUGAUGAAAAUAUGACAGUAUUAUUGAUUUCAAUGCACUUUAACGAACAGUUUUAAGGCGUUUUGGAAAAGUUGUUGGACUCUGUUAUGGAAUGUGACACUGCAACCCGUCAGGAAGCAGCAGCGCUUUUUGAUUGGUCGUUUCUCAGUGUGAGGAGCUGCAGCAGCGGAGGCCACAGCUGCUUCGGCUGGACACGAGUGGAUUAGAAGGAAAACAUUGACUGUGUCUCAGCUGAGUCUGGAUCUACUGCUGAGUGACACCCUGCAUGAGGCCGUAACACACGAUGACUGACUGGAGAACAGGAACCAGCAUCCAAGAUCUGAUGAGCGCAGGUCAGUUUGAAUCUCUGCUGAUUUCAAUCCCGGAGACACCAUCUCCUAACCAGCGUCAGAUGGCAGGACAGGCUGUUAUCCUAAUGAGAAGCGAGAUUAAAUACACGGCAGCACCAGAGCAGAGAGAAGAAGCUGGAAAACAGACAGCGAGAGAAUCUCUGCAGCCAGAUCGCAGCUCAGCUUCCCCACAACUGGAAUGAUAAUUGUCGGCCGCGAGCAGUGUUUGCUCUUCUUUGAAUGCCGACGGCGUCCUUGCAACAUUAUCCGACCAAACCCGACGCGUGAUAAUGACCCUGUUCUCACACCUGCUGCAUGCAUUUUGUUGCUUAGGUCGAGGAAACAAGAACAAUCCUACUUCCUUAUGUAAACGAAAAGUGCCACGGUUUAUCUUUCAAAAAGUGCUUUGUGAGCCCAUUUUAUUGCAAAACCAGAGAAGAGAAGGUUGGCGUAUUUAUUUGUAAUUUAAUUUUGUACGUGUGUUUCUGAAGUUAUGGUCGAUGUUGAUGUUUAAGCCCCACCCAUCUGUUAAAUACGAGGGUCACAAUAGAAGAAGUACGGUAGCCCGAAGCAUGCUGAGGCUGUACCAGCAACACAAAACUUACUAUUUAUAACCUGUUAAUUUACCUAUUCACUAUGACCUGUUAAAGGUAGGGUUGGUAAUUUGUUUCUGAAACAAGUUUUUUUCUUAUGUGUUGAAAUCUUCAUCCCGUACCGAACAAUAAAUAAUGAUAUAAGAUUAUUGGUCGGAUGUUAGCGAGGGAGUCAUGGAAAAGUCGUCUUCUACUAGUUGUCAGAUAUUGCACGUUUAUGUGUUUUGGGGGCGUGGCUCUGACGAGAGUUCCAUGACGGGGGAAGACACGUAUUGGUUGCGUAUGUUUGUGCAAGUGUUACUGUUCCAGGAUUACCAACCCUAUCUUUAAUUAGUUAUCCUCCAGUUUUCCUGUCACUGUAACGUCACCAUAUUAGUUUUUAAUCUGUUUGCAUGUUACCACACUAAUGCACACAACAAAUCAUAUUCUCACUUAACUAACACAAAGAACCACAUGGCACUGGGUUCCUUCAGUCACCAGUUUAAAAUUAAACUUUGUACUUCCA